GAAUCCUUUAAUUUCUUGUAUGGCUGGGGAUAUGAUAGAUAUAUGCCCAUUUUUCAGCAUUCUGGGAGCCUAAUGGACCUGGAAAUCUCAUAUUUUGUUGUAGAGUUUCAUGAAUCCCUCUAUUUUCAAUAUGGUCUUAGCUGUAUUUUGUGAUAUAAAACAUAUUUCAUUUUCUGUUCAACAUUUUCAAAGAUUAAAUCUCCUCUCUUUUCCAAGGGUUUGGGAAGUAUGUUUUUUGGCUGUGAAUGGUGGAAGAAGAAACGUAGGGGCCUAAGAAACUUCUUAUAAAAGUGUUCAACUGAUAUCUUAUUUUCUGUUCCAACUUUAGAAGGAUCUGAUACUCAAUUCCUGAGCAUAUCUGGAAUUUUAUGCCUUCAGAGGUUGGAAGUGAACCGCACUCAGCAAACACCUGCCCUUUCAGGAGCGCUAACAGUGCUAAAGGGGGCAGUGUCGGCGGCAGCACAGCUCCGUCUCUUCUAACUGAAGACUUCACUCAAAGGCAGCGGCGGGCGGCCGGGCUUCUCGCUCCGGCAGCGGCAGCGACGGCGGUGGCGGCUUCCGGAGUCCCGCCGCGAAGAUGCUCAAAGUCACGGUGCCCUCGUGCUCCGCCUCGUCCUGCUCUUCAGUCACCGCCAGUGUGGCCCCGGGGGCCGGGAGCCUCGUCCCGGAUUACUGGAUCGAAGGUUCCAAUAGAGAUGCUUUGAGCGAUUUCUUCGAGGUGGAGUCGGAGCUGGGACGGGGUGCUACAUCCAUUGUGUACAGAUGCAAACAGAAGGGGACCCAGAAGCCUUAUGCUCUCAAAGUGUUAAAGAAAACAGUGGACAAAAAAAUUGUAAGAACUGAGAUAGGAGUUCUUCUUCGCCUCUCACAUCCAAACAUUAUAAAACUUAAAGAGAUAUUUGAAACCCCUACAGAAAUCAGUCUGGUCCUAGAACUGGUCACGGGAGGAGAACUGUUUGACAGGAUUGUGGAGAAGGGAUAUUAUAGUGAACGAGAUGCUGCAGAUGCUGUUAAGCAAAUCCUGGAGGCGGUUGCCUACCUACAUGAAAAUGGGAUUGUCCAUCGUGAUCUCAAACCAGAGAAUCUUCUCUAUGCAACUCCAGCCCCAGAUGCACCACUCAAAAUCGCUGAUUUUGGACUCUCUAAAAUUGUGGAACAUCAAGUACUCAUGAAGACAGUGUGUGGAACCCCAGGGUACUGCGCACCUGAAAUUCUUAGAGGCUGUGCCUAUGGACCUGAGGUGGACAUGUGGUCUGUAGGAAUAAUCACCUACAUCUUACUUUGUGGAUUUGAACCAUUCUAUGAUGAAAGAGGUGAUCAGUUCAUGUUCAGGAGAAUUCUGAAUUGUGAAUACUACUUUAUCUCCCCCUGGUGGGAUGAAGUAUCUCUAAAUGCCAAGGACCUGGUCAGAAAACUAAUUGUUUUGGAUCCUAAAAAACGGCUGACUACCUUCCAAGCUCUCCAGCAUCCAUGGGUCACAGGUAAAGCAGCCAAUUUUGUACACAUGGAUACUGCUCAAAAGAAGCUCCAAGAAUUCAAUGCCCGGCGCAAGCUUAAGGCAGCAGUGAAGGCCGUAGUGGCCUCUUCCCGGCUGGGCAGUGCCAGCAGCAGCCACGGCAGCAUCCAAGAGAGCCAGAAGGCCAGCCAAGCGCCGGCUCUGACCCAGGAUGGCAGAGAAGAUGUUAAAGCUAUUUCGGAAGGAGAGAAAGCUCAAGGAGGUGGGGCCCAGGUGGCAGUUGAGGGGGCAGAGGCUGAGCUGAUGAAGGUACAGGCCGUAGGGGAAGUUAAAGAUGCUGAUAGAAGGGCUACCAACAUGAUGCCCGAGGCACUAGAGGAUGGGAUAAAGGCGGUUGACCCGGAAAUAGAGGAGGGCCUAAUAGAGGAGAAGCUGAAGACCAUGGAGGAAGCAGCAGUCCCCAAAGAAGGGCAAGAAAACCCGGCUCUGGGAUUUGGAGCUCAGCAGAAUGACAUGAUCCUGCCGGAAUACUGAUUUGGCUUCUUUCCAAACUGGAAGCCAAAUUCUGGCACUUUAUGCAUUUUGUCCUUCAAGGAAGGUGUGGAAGCAUGAUAUGCACUAUAGUGAUUCUGUUUUUUGAGGUGCAAAAAAAAAUACAUAUCUAUCAGUUGGUAAUCCUAAAUUCAUGCAUGUGACUGCUUUAUGAAAAAAUAGUGUCUUCUAUGGUAUGUAAUGGAUACCUAAUGCCGAGGAGUUAAAUUUGAAAUUGCAAGUAAACACAACAUUUAAAAACAUACAUGUUCAGGGACCAAUAGCACACGUUGAAGUAACUAGUGAAUUGUUUUUGCUUUGAAAACCUAGUCAUCCUAAUCCUUUGGAUUUCUUCAUAAAGCAGUAAUUCCUUUGGACUCUUGCUUAACUAAUAUUAGGUAGUGCUCUAAGACGUGUUCCCAUGGCAUUCACAACACCAUAGUUUUCAGUGUGCUCAAACUGUCCAAUGUGUUCAAACUGUUUACAAGGAGAUGGUUACAGGUUAGUUUUAUGAUACGUACAAAAAAAAAAAAAAUUCCCACUUAAAAUGGUAAGAAAUUGAAGCAUACGUAAGGGCCAUGAAACAAAUUGCCCUUAAAGCUUGUGUAGACAACGCUUUCUUAUUUUGUCCUUAUUUAUACACACUAUAUUACUAAUAACCAAAAAUGUUCUAUCACAAAAUCCUGCCAUUUUACAAUCCUGUAGAAAGCAUUUUACAAACU